AUGAUGUACUUUCGCAGAAAAACCUUUCAAAAAAUUGUUCCGAAAAGGUUAUAUUCUUCAAAAAUUGCGGUAGAAGAAAAGAAAAAAUCAAAAAAAUUUCAAAGUACCGUUUUUAUACCGAGUACAACCUUUCCAACUUACCUUAAACCGAAUGAAGUUAUUGAAAGGGAUCAAAAAAUUCAGCAGGAAGCUAACUUUUUAAAUUUGUAUGCCUGGCAAAGAAAAAAUGUAAAAGGAAAAGAAUUUGUGUUACACGAUGGUCCUCCUUAUGCAAAUGGGAAACCUCAUAUAGGACAUGCAAUAAAUAAAAUUUCCAAAGAUAUUAUUUUAAGGUCUCAAUUAAUUCAAGGGAGAAAGAUUCAUUAUGUACCAGGUUGGGACUGUCAUGGUUUACCUAUUGAACUACUAGCUUUAAAAAACGUAGAAACUAAAAAUUUAAAACCGAUUGAUAUUAGAAAUAAAGCUAAAAACAUAGCACUUUCUAUGUCAAAAUUACAAAAGGAAUCAUUUAAGAGUUGGGGUGUUAUAGGAAAUUGGGAAAAUGAUUGUUAUUACACAUUCGAUACUAAUUAUAUAAUUAAUCAAUUGCAAAUAUUUUGGAAAAUGUAUGAAAGAGGAUUAAUUUAUUAUGGUUUAAAACCUGUAUUUUGGUCUCCGUCAUCCAAGACUGCAUUGGCAGAAGCAGAACUAUUGUAUGUAGACAUUUCAAGUACUGCAUUGACUGUGAGAUUUGAAGUAGUGCAAAACUUCAGUUCUGAACCUGUUUAUUUACUAAUUUGGACAACAACCCCAUGGACUUUGCCUCUUAAUAAAGCCGUUUAUUUUUCUAAUUCGAUAAAAUAUUCUUUAGUUAAAAUUAGUAAUUUUUCCGGGAUGUAUAUAAUUGCUUCUGAUUUAAUUGAGAGUUUACAAAAAAAAUUGAAACAAGAAAUUACAAUUCAUUCAAAUAUGUCUUGUAAAGAAUUGGAAGGAUUAUCAUACAAACAUCCAUGGGAUAAAAAUAAAGUUUUAAAAGUUUUUGAAUCGUCAAGUGUUACACUUUCAGGAACUGGCUUACUUCAUUCAGUUCCUGCUCAUGGUCACGAAGAUUUUGUCAUGGGUUUACAAAACAAUUUGACACCAGAAUGUUUUGUUGAUGAAAGCGGUUGUUACACAUCAGAUUUAGGCCCUCCAUUGGCUAACUUGAAUAUUUUUGGAGAAGGGAAAAAUACUGUAAUUAAGACAUUGUCUUCUGAUAUUAUUUUAUCAGAAAAUUAUACUCAUAGCUAUCCGCAUGACUGGAGAACCAACAAACCGGUGUUUAUCAGAGCCUGUGAGCAGUGGUUUAUUGAUACCAAUCAAUUGAAAAACAAAGCACUUGAAAAUUUACGAGACAGUGACACUCCAGAUAAAUAUUUUCAAUCAUUAAUUAAAGAACGACCUUAUUGGUGUUUAUCAAGGCAAAGGACAUGGGGUGUACCGAUUCCAGUAUUUUUUCACAAGACUUCUCGCCGACCCCUCAUUUCUAAAAGCUUAAUUCAUCACAUUUGCCAGUUAUUCGAGUCUUCUGGAUCGGAUAUUUGGUGGACCGGAACGUUAGAGGAACUUUUUCCCGAUAAAAUUUGCAAUGAACUAUUUGUAAAAAGAGAAAAUAUAAUUAGAGGAAAUGAUAUUAUGGAUAUUUGGUUCGACAGUGGAAUUUCAUGGUCUUUUGCUUUAAACGGCAGAAAAUCUGAUGUUUUUCUCGAAGGGAAAGAUCAAUUCGGAGGAUGGUUUCAAUCGUCAUUAUUAACGAGUGUUGCCGUCGGUAAUGGACUUCCCUUUGACAAAAUUUUAACUCACGGAUUCGCCGUCGAUGAAAAUGGUAAAAAAAUGUCCAAAUCUGUUGGAAACGUUGUUGACCCAGACACGGUGUUGAAUGGAAAAAAUGCAUUAGGGAUUGAUACGUUAAGAUGGUGGGUCGGCUCACAUUCCCAUAAUUCUCUUGUACCGGUUUCGGAUUCUAUUUUAAAAUCCGAAUUUAAAACAGUGCAAAGUAUCAGGUUAAUUUUUCGAUACCUUCUUGGCGCUUUAAACAAUGCGCGAUCAAAAGAUUUAUUAGAAAAUGAUGAUCUUUUAACUUUAGAUAAGUACUUAUUGAACUCUUGCUACAAUUUUUACAAAUCAGUGAUGCAUUCUUACAAUACUUAUAAAACGUAUUCGGUAUGUUCUCAAAUACUUCAUUUCGUUCCGAAUAAUGUAUCUUCUCGGUACGUUUCUGCUAUAAAAGAUCGUUUGUAUUGUGACUCUCAAGAAUCGAGUCGCCGAAAAGCGUGCCUGUAUACUCUAAACAGUAUUUUAUACACUUUGUCUUACUCACUAGCCCCUAUUUUACCGCAUUUAGUCGAAGAAGUGUUUUUACAUCAUCCAGUGAGCAGUGAAAAUAAAAGAGUAUUUUUUAGAAAAGAACCUUGGGUACCACGUGAAUGGUGGUCAAAUGAUACAACGGAUAAAACAAUAUUAUUAUUAGAUAACUUCAAGAAAGACAUUGUAUUAGAUUCAAAUUUUAAAAAAAUGUCUUGCACUCUAGAAGUUGAUGGAGAAAAUUUUGAGGAACUUAAGAAAAUGCAAGAUGGAAAUGUGAACAGCAUCGAUUCGGAAUUAACUGAAAUAUUACAAGUGGCCGAAGUUAAACUCAAAAUGGGAGAUGGAAAAGUUAAUCUGAACCUAACUGAUGCUAGUGAAUGUCCCAGAUGUAGACGUUACACUUCUCCAGAACCUGAACGUUUAUGCGUACGAUGCGAAGAUGUUAUUAAUAAUAAUAAUAAAAUGAAUGGUAAGCAAAUUUCCUUUACUCUUAUUUAUCUAUUUUUUUAG